AUGGCAGCACAAUGCGCGGCGGGUAACCAGCCCCUUCCUCACUCCCGCAACCUCACGGCAGAGCAUAAUAAUCAAGCGGGAAGCGUUCCCCUUCCGCAUCCCCCUCCGCGCCCGCUCCCCGUGCACCACCAUGCGGAUGCCCUCCCCGCGAACCCCACGCGCCCGCCAUUGCAUUCCCCACUCUCCUCCGCCGCUGCUCACAUGCCUCAAGGGGUCUCCUCCGCGUACCUUCCCCCGCACCGCUCCGCCGCUACGCACCCCCCCGCCGCCACCGCGCACGCAUCCUCCUCCGCGCACAGCUUUGCGUCCGCGCACCUUCCCCUUGCGCACGCUUAUGGCUCCGCGCGCCCCCAUCCCCCCACACUACCGCAUUCCUCCGCCCUCCCCCAUCCCCCCGCGCCUCCCUCCCACCCCGCGGGCCUAGCCGCCCCUCCCCCCGCUUCCCCUGCGCCGCAGCCGGCGCAGCGCGUGAUGCCACCUGCUCCUCACGAUCUUCUCAGCUAG